UAAUUAAUUCCUUUGAGCGUGAACUUCUCUGAAGCCCAACUAGUCGACUCACGUUGUCUCCAUCUUCCCAGUCAAGAAAGCGAGAGAAGCUCUCUUUUCCCUUUUUCCAUUUUCCAUCCAACUAAACACAAAUCUCCCUAUCUUUCUUUCACUCCAUCACCGUACCUUCCUCCGAUUCUAGGGUAGCUUCUUUGUUUUUUUACUCUCCCCACCAAACCCCCCCUUCAUCAAGCAAUCGGUAACAAUCGGAAACAAUUGUUAGAGCUUUGAGAUUUUUCUUUCCUAUUUUUGUGUUAUUGUAAUUAGGGCGUAGAGCCGGCCAAGUCGACUCGGGAUAAUGUUCUUCUCGGGCGAUCCAUCGACUCGGAAGCGAGUCGAUUUGGGGGGCCGGAGUUCGAAGGAAAGGGAUAGGCAGAAGCUUCUGGAGCAGACGAGGUUGGAGCGCAACCGGCGCUUGUGGUUACGCCAGCAAAACUCGGCCGCGCUCAAAAUCCAGAAAUGCUUCAGAGGGAGGAAGGCAGUGAAAGCUGAACAUUUUAAGGCGCGAGAGCAUUUCUAUGAAACCUAUGGGAAGCACUGCCAAAAUGUAAACAGGCAUUGUUUUGGCCCAGACUCAGAGUUCCUCCGUCAGUUACUUUUUUUCUUUAAUGCACAAAAUGCUGGUGAUUUUGCAAUCCUUGUGGAGACAUGCCGAUUACUUCUGCAAUUUGUUCGUGAUAGUGAUCACGCAACAGGGAACAUUGCAGGCCUCUUUGCCGGCAAGGAUUAUUCAUCCAACAGAACCUUGGUGGACUACAGAGUGAAGCAACUUGCAUAUGCUUGUAUUCAGGCUGUGCAUCAGAAUAGAAAUUGGUUAGAGGAGCAAGUAUUGAUGUCGCCUGAGGAAUCUAGCACAUCAACGAGUCUCUUGCUAGAAACAGUAGUUUUAUUGAUAAAUCCAAAACUUCCAUGGGCUUGUAAUAUAGUUGGCUAUCUAUUGCAAAGAAAUACAUUCACCCUAUUUAGAGAGAUUGCACUUACAUGGAAGGAAAGUACUAAGACCGGUAAUGCCAUUGGUACAGUUUUGUCAUUGGAGCAUGUGCUUGGCCUUAUAAUUCCUCACGUUGGUCAGAAGCCAUGUACUUGUCCAAAUACCUACCCACAAUCGAGUUUCUCAUCCCAGAUUCUUACAAUUCCUUUCUUGUGGCAGCUUUUCCCAUACUUAAAAGAGGUUUUUGCAAGUCGGGGGCUUAGCCAACAUUACAUACAUCAGAUGGCAUUUUGUAUGCAAAAUAGUGCUAAUAUACUUCCUAAUGAUGUAUCCGCUGAAUAUCCUAGUUAUGCCUGCCUUCUUGGGAAUAUUUUAGAAACUGCUGGUGUUGCUUUAUCACAGCCCAACUGCUCAUUUGAAAUGGCUGUGGACCUUGCUGCUGUUACAACGUUUUUGUUGGAGACACUUCCUUCCAUGAAAUCAUCUAGCAGAGAGAGUAAAGAAAGUUCCAUGCUGGUUGAGGAUGACACAGUUGCAGGUGAUGAAGCAAUAGAAAUAGGUUUGAAUAAGGAUUUGGAACGACAAAUAUGCAAUGCUAUAGAUCCUCGAUUUCUUCUGCAAUUGACAAAUUUGUUAUUUGGAGGAAUUUCUCUUGCCGGUGGUUCACACGAUGGACCUGAUGAUAAGGAGGUGGCAGCUGUCGGUGCAGCUUGUGCUUUUCUGCAUGUCACUUUUAACACUUUACCUCUUGAGCGAAUCAUGACUGUACUAGCUUACAGAACUGAACUUGUUCCUGUGCUUUGGAAUUUUAUGAAGCGGUGCCAUGAGAAUCAGAAAUGGUCAUCCUUGUCACAGCAGUUUGCAUAUCUGUCUGGAGAUGCACCUGGUUGGCUAUUGCCCCUGGCUGUUUUCUGUCCUGUGUACAAGCACAUGCUUAUGAUAGUUGAUAAUGAGGAGUUCUAUGAGCAGGAGAAACCACUAUCAUUGAAGGAUAUUAGAUGCCUUAUAAUUAUUCUAAGACAGGCGCUAUGGCAGCUUCUAUGGAUCAAUCCUGCAACACCAGCUAAUUCUGUGAAACUCGCCGCCAACACCUCUACUAAUAAGAGGCAUCCUGAAGAAUUCAUUCAAGAAAGGGUUAGCGUUGUAGCCUCUGUGCUCCUCUCACAGUUGCAAGACUGGAACAAUAGACGGCAAUUUACAUCCCCCAGUGACUUCCAUGCUGAUGGUGUUAAUGAAUUUUUCAUUUCCCAGGCUCUAAUAGAAAAUACCCGAGCAAAUGAUAUAUUGAAGCAAGCUCCUUUCUUGGUGCCAUUUACAAGCAGGGUUAAAAUAUUCACUUCACAGUUAACGGCAGUUCGGCAAAGACAAGAGUCUCAUUCUGUUUUUACUAGGAACCGAUUCAGAAUACGAAGGGAUCAUAUUUUAGAAGAUGCCUAUAACCAGAUGAGUGCAUUGUCUGAAGAGGAUCUUCGAGGAGUUAUUCGUGUAACGUUUGUCAAUGAAUUUGGGGUUGAGGAGGCUGGUAUUGAUGGUGGUGGAAUUUUCAAAGAUUUCAUGGAGAAUAUUACUCGAGCAGCUUUUGAUGUCCAGUAUGGUUUAUUUAAGGAAACAGCUGAUCACCUGCUCUACCCUAACCCUGGAUCUGGAAUGAUACAUGAACAACAUCUCCAAUUUUUCCAUUUUCUUGGAAGUCUUCUGGCAAAGGCUAUGUUUGAAGGGAUUCUUGUUGAUAUUCCAUUUGCAACAUUCUUCUUGAGCAAAUUAAAGCAGAAGUACAAUUAUCUGAACGACUUACCUUCAUUGGACCCGGAACUGUAUCGCCAUCUUAUUUUCUUGAAGUGGGUUCCUGGUGAUGGGGAGCCCACUCCUCUGAGUCGUAUGUUACCGGAUGAAUUCACUAUGUCAGAUUGGGUCUUCCGCAAGCAUUAUGAAGGUGACAUUUCAGAUUUAGAACUGUACUUUGUUAUUGUCAAUAAUGAAUAUGGAGAGCAGACUGAAGAAGAGCUACUUCCUGGAGGAAAGAACUUGCGUGUUUCCAAUGAGAACGUUAUUACAUUUAUACAUCUUGUGGCCAAUCACCGUUUGAAUUUUCAGAUACGUCAACAAAGUUCUCAUUUCUUGAGGGGGUUUCAGCAGCUUAUACAGAAAGAUUGGAUUGACAUGUUUAAUGAGCAUGAACUUCAGCUUUUGAUAUCAGGUUCAGUUGACAGCUUGGAUGUUGAUGAUCUAAGAUUGAAUACCAAUUAUGUAGGCGGCUAUCAUAAAGAACAUUACAUCGUAGAGAUGUUCUGGGAAGUUCUGAAAAGCUUUUCAUUGGAAAAUCAGAAGAAAUUUUUGAAGUUUGUCACUGGGUGCUCUCGAGGACCCCUUCUUGGAUUCAGAUAUCUCGAGCCUUUAUUUUGCAUACAAAGGGCUGCUGGUAUUGCCUCUGAGGAGGCUCUUGACCGGUUACCAACAUCAGCUACUUGUAUGAAUCUUCUAAAGCUUCCACCAUAUAGAAGCAAAGAGCAACUGGAAACGAAGUUGCUAUAUGCUAUAAAUGCAGAUGCUGGUUUUGAUUUGAGCUGAUUGACCAACUAUGCCAAAUGGAAGUGGAGAAGAAUACGGUCAUUAGAUAUGGUAUUUACCAUUUUAAAGUUAUAUAACUCUCCACUCUUGGGGGAAGUGUUGAUAACCACAAGAGCUUCCUAGGAGACUUUGAAGAUGUUAAAGGCAGAUUGGAGGCUGAAUAAAAGGGCAUGUAAGUUAUGAUUCCCAGCCAGCCUGCUUAUUCGAGUUUAAAAUGUACAUAUGUGGGAUAAUCUGCAAAAUGGAUGGAGGCAUUCUAAAGCCUACACAUGCAAGACCAUUGCUAGAUGGUCAUAUAAAUGUCAUCAUUUUGUAGAUUGUAAAUCUUUUAAAACUUGGAUUGACAUAUUUCUGUAAAUGAGAAGGGAUGACACUGCAUGUAUAAGUAGUAGGGGUUUGUAGGAUGUUUAGGCAGUGUUCUCAUUUUUUUUUUUACCCUCAUUUUCUAACCUUUUAAAUAUAUGAUGAUGGUGUAAAUGACACAUCUCUGAUAGUCUGCAUGGAGCUUAAAUGUUCCUUAGAAGCAGCAGCUGCAAUUCUCAUUGUUGCAAAAGACAGGUGUAGAAUCAAUGAUUUCAAUAACGUUGUGUGGCCAUAAUAAAUGAUAUUUAUUCUUGAA